AUGCUCACGCGUAGUAGGACAGGAGUAUCAAACUCCACGCAUGAUGAGAACGCAAACGUAAAGGUGAAGAACCACGGCAACACCAAAUCGCAUCACCUGGGCGUGCAUACUAGAUCGAGAGCCGUUCUAGUUGAGCUCAAAAAUAUUAACUCUUCUUUGGUAUCCCAAAAAGCUCCGAAAAAACCCGAAAUUCGCGGACCCACCAAAGCCUCUAAGGAUAGACGCCAACCUACAAAAACGCUUCUCUGUCUAAAUUUUCCUGGUCUAAACCCCGAGGAGGUUUCUACCUUCAAGAGUUAUUGCAGACACCGAAAGAACCUCCGGACUAACUUCUUAUCUCGGAAGGAUUCACGGAGAUUUUUUGAGCUUGAUGACGAUGCAGGUCUUGACACGGCAUCAGUAUCAGCCUUUGCAGAAACUAUUUUUAAUUAUUUGCAAAACCGCGAACUGAGUUUCCAGCCUGUCAGGCCUAAUUUUUUGGACGCUUGUGUAGAAAUAACUCCGAGGAUGCGUUACAUUCUUGUAAAUUGGCUGGUUCAAGUACAUCAAAGUUAUAAGCUCCUCCCAGAGACCCUAUAUCUUUGUGUUGCAAUAAUGGAUCGUUAUAUACAAAAAUGUGGGUCCGAAAUAAGGAAGGGGUAUUUCCAACUCGUUGGUGUCACAUCCCUCUUUAUUGCAUCGAAAUUCGAAGAGAUGUACCCUCCCGACAUCAGCGAUUUUUCGUCAAUUACUGACAAUACAUAUAAUAAAAAGGACAUUCGAUCUUGUGAACAAAUGAUUCUGCAGACCCUGGAUUUUUAUUUGUCAAUCCCUUCCCCCAUAGUAUUUCUGCGGCGUUUUUCUCGAGCUCUCGAGGCUGAUCGUUUGAUGCACAAUCUUGCAAAGUACUUCCUUGAGCUGACGAUUCAGGAGUAUGACUUGGCAUGUUUGCCUGGAAACUUGCGUGCUACAAUCGCCAUAUGUUUAGCCCUUGCCAUCUGCUCUCAUACUUCUAUCAUUGACGACGUAUGGGAUGAAAAGAUUGCCUAUCUCAGUGGUUAUGCCAUUGGAGAUAUUCGUGGACCCCUUCAGGUUUUGGCAAAGGCGGUGUACCGACAGAAUUCGCCUUCCAAAUAUCGAGCUAUAUACGACAAGUACCGUACGGACGAUUUGUACGACAAAGUAGCUGCUCUACCGCAGCUUCGGUCAGCAGUAAUGGAGGGGUUAGCCGAUCUUCAAUUCGAUGAAGACGGUGCCGAAAUUAGCGCUACGUAG